UACAAAAGUCGUUAACAAAAAUCCACCAAAAUAUCAUUCCCCCAUAAGAUUAAAUAAUUGACAAAUAUUACUCAUCGUGAGGGUUAAUGAUCAACGAUAAGGGCUAUAUAAUGUCCUGUUAUUUAGUAAAGCUUGGAAUGCAGUACUAAAUUCCUUCACCAGAGUGCUUGGAAAACUUAGAAAGCAUCGUGUGUCGAGAGUGUGUGAGAGCAGAACGAUGUCAAGCUUUUAACGAAUUCAACACUGAUACUCAACUUUACUGAACGUACUAUUAUCGUUUCGUUUUCUAUUUUUGGAAUUACAUCAAAAAAAAUAUAUUCGAAAAAAAAAGAAACAUCACACAUACACGUGACACGUGUAUCGCAAGGACGACAAUCCUUUCUGUAUUUAGAAAAAAGAAGAAAGAUAGAUAUCUCCAGUGAACAGUCUUGAGUUCGUCAAACAGGUUAGUUAUACGUAGACAGUAGAACGAAGCGGUUCCGAAACACCUUUACGGGAUUGUCGAUUCGCAUACUUUCGAUUUCACUGACGACAAGAUGGCGAGCGUCGAUAAUGAUUUGGAAGAACUCAUGGGACACCUGGGAGAAUUUGGGAAAUAUCAAUUCUGGCAAUUUUCUUUACACAUCGUUGGUGCAUUGACUGCCGGAUUGCAUAUGAUAACGUUAUUGACAGUUGCAGCUGUACCUGCUUACAAAUGUGUUGUACCAAUAAUCAAAUCAACUCUCAUUGACACGUUUGAUGAAUCAUUGGUUGAAGGUAAUGUAACCAACAUGAUCAUGGAACCAAAAGAAUUGUCAACGUGUCAUUACUUGGACGAAUUUAAUGUAACACAAAAGUGUGAAGCUUGGACAUAUGACACGGAAUAUUUCAAAUCGUCACGCGGUAUGGAAUGGAAUUUCGUGUGUUCGCGCAGGUGGAUGGGAGCAGUUGCACAAUCGUCAUAUAUGUUUGGUGUGUUCGUUGGAGCAGUGACCUUGGGCAGUCUUGCCGAUAAAUACGGAAGAAAGAUCAUUUUUUAUGUAUCCGCGGUAUUGCAAUUGAUACUCGGUACCAUGGUCGCAUUCGUCAACGAGUAUUACACAUUCCUUGUAGUGAGAUUUUUCUACGGUGUCUUUGGAUCAGCUGGAUCUUACAUAACCGGAUUCGUAUUGACUAUGGAACUCGUGGGAGCAUCAAAGAGGACCAUGUGCGGUAUAAUGUUCCAAUUAGCUUUCGCAACCGGUUUUAUGUUGGUCGCUGCUUGGGGUGCUUUAAUCAAGGAUCGAACAUGGCUGCAAAUCAUUUACGGACUCCACAGUGCAUUAAUGUUAGGACACUGGUGGCUCAUGGACGAAUCCCCCAGAUGGUUAUGGGCUCAAGGCCGAACUAAAGAAGCAGUGGAGAUCGUUAAGAGGGCCCUAAAGAUGAACGGAAAUAACGUCAACUUAAAUAGCGGAAAAUUACUCGCGAGAUCGCAGAUAAAAAAGAGAACUGAAGAGGAUCAAACUCAUAGUGGAAUCGACUUAUUGAAAACACCUAAUCUUCGAAAAAAGACUUUGAACGUAUGUCUCAAUUGGUUUGCCAAUUCGAUCGUUUAUUACGGAUUAUCAUUGAAUUCUGGAAAUCUCGUUGGUAAUCCAUACUUGAUGUUAUUCCUGAGUGGUCUAGUCGAAAUACCAUCUUAUAUAUUUUUGAUAUUCGUGAUGGAUCGUACUGGUAGAAGGUGUCUAGUUAGCACGUUCAUGUUAAUCGGUGGCUUAUGCUGCAUAUGUGCAACAUUUAUCCCCAAGGAUGACGAUAUAGGAGCAACUCUAACUGUUAUUAUUGUAUUGUUUGGCAAAGCCUGCAUUGCUGCAUCCUUCGCAGUGAUCUACAAUUACACAGCCGAAUUAUUUCCCACGGUGGUGAGGAACACGGCCCUUGGUAUUGGUUCAAUGUGCGCUCGUCUCAGCGGUGCCCUAACACCUUUGAUCAUGCUCUUAGACUUCCUCGAUCCAAAGGUACCAGCAACGUUAUUUGGUAUGGUAGCCUUGGCUUCUGGUUUCCUGUCUCUUUACUUGCCAGAAACUGUAAAUCAACCUAUGCCGGAAACUAUCGAGGACGGCGAGAAUUUUGGUAAACACGAUACGUGUUUUACCACUUGCUUUGGAAGAAGAACUCACGAAUCUGUUAAUACUAAUGACGUUACUUUAGAUCAUGUUAAUAAUAGGGAAGAAAAGGAUAAAUUGGAUGAAACUUAACGUUCUUAUUCAUAACAUACACGUAGAUUUAAUUUGUUGUUUUUUUUUUUUAAAUCAUUCCUCCUCUCUCUCUCUCUCUCUCUCUCUCUCUCUCAUGUUUUAUUUUUUCAAUGGAAAAUAAUUUUCUUUUAAUACAAUGUAUAAAUGCAAUUCAUAUCUUAUACUGAAAUAAUUUCUCUCCACUUAAGAAUGAUGUUUUUCAUUCGUUAAAGUCAUUUUGAUUCUUAUGUUACAUCGUUCGACAAUGAAAUACACGGUACAGGUAAACAAACGCAAUUGACGCCAACGCGAUCAUUAGAAGAUAGAUAAUAAAAAUAACCAUCGUGUGCCUUUUAUCUAGCAGUAAUUCAAACUGGUUUUUAUAUAUAUAUAUAUAUGAUUACGACCACAUAGCAAUCGUUUAUUUUCCUCUCCUAUGUAAACAUAAGAAAUAUAAUUAUCUAAUUGCAAGUUAUGGCCGUAGUAGCGGUUAUGCGACUUGCAAAAGGACCGAUUUUAUCGUCUUUGUCAUAUCAAGAUUUAAGACCCACUAUUGUUUCUGUUUUUAUAUAAUAAUUCAUUUUUUUUUUAAAUAAAUUCUAUAAUGAUA